CUGUACAAACAUUGCGCUGCAACUGGAUGGCACCCAACUCCCUUCCGACAAGCCCUGUUGGUAGCCCUUCCCAAGCCAGGGAAGAAGGACUACAGUAGCCCAUGCUCAUACAGACUAAUCGCUCUCCUCUCUACCUUGGGGAAAGGACUGGAACGCCUUAUUGCCCAGAGA